AUGGUGUCGGUCCGCUCCACAGGUGGUGAGCUGCUGGCACUUGGGUUCCCCGACGAGGGGGAAGUGGCGGUUGCGCCCAGCGAGCGGAUCGAUUGUGACCGUGACCGCGACCACGGCUGUGGCCAUGCGAAUGUCCAUUCGGUGGAGCAGCGAAAUUCGCGCUCGAGGGCAGCGCCCCCGUUGACAUUGUCUCCUUGGGGCGGCGCCAAGAACCCGGGGGGUAGUGGAGCGUACAAAGCUCAGAUCGAAUGGUUUAGAAAGGUUGGACACGAGGAAGCCAAGGGAGGCAACGGAGGCGCGCAGAGGGCUCCCAAGUACGGCGUAGACCGUGCGGAGAGUAGCGCCGCGGACCUUGGAGCCCGCCACAGCCGGAAUGGUGGAUUUGCGCUCCCCAACAUGAUCGAAAUACUCAUUAGCAUUGCAUUCUACCUGCUCAGUGCCCUGACUGUCGUGAUCCUGCUGCUGCCCUCUCAGUAUGAACCACCCCGUUCAUCAACUGGGCAGGCGGAGAAACCGAAGCCGAGCGUGCAGAUCCUCGUCCUGGGAGACAUAGGCCGGAGCCCGCGCAUGCAAUACCAUGCCCUGAGCAUUGCCAGGAAGGGCGGGGAGGUGGUUAUCAUUGGAUACAAAGGUGGGUUUUCCCCCGAUCGUCCACUAGGAAGAGGGAAAUGGCUAAUCACAAAACUCCGCUCGACAGAGUCCGAUCCGCAUCCCGAUAUCGUGUCCAGCCCCAAUAUCACAAUUGUUCCCCUGCAUCCUCACCCAUCUAUCCUACAAACCAGCAAUAAACUUCUAUUUACAAUCCUGGGGCCAUUGAAAGUUCUCUUCCAGAUCGCGAGCCUCUGGAAAUGCCUUGCAUACACAACUACUCCAGCCCGCUGGCUUCUAGUGCAGAACCCACCCUCAAUUCCCACUCUGGCGGUGGCAUCUUUGUCCUGCUUCCUACGGCAAACACGACUAAUUAUUGAUUGGCAUAACUUUGGGUACUCGAUUCUCGCACUGAAGCUUGGCCAGAACCAUCCACUUGUGAAGCUAUCGAUUUGGUAUGAAAAGACCUUCUGCAGAUCAGCUUCGGCCCACCUGUGCGUAACAGAUGCGAUGGGUUCCGUUCUGAAGAAGGACUUCCAGCUUCGAGCACCCAUUCUGCCCUUGCACGAUCGGCCUGCCAGUCACUUCCAGCCCAUUUUCAGCCCGCAAGAGCGUGCUAAAUUUCUCGCGACUCUUCCAGAGACAGAAUCCGUUCGUCCCUUGUUGGCAUCAGGAACCCUUCGCGUCCUGGUCAGCUCCACAUCCUGGACCCCGGAUGAGGAUUUUUCGGUGCUCAUUGAGGCUUUGUUGAAGUACUCCGAAUUGGCCAAGGCCCAGCCACACCUGCCUGAAGUCCUAGCCAUUAUUACCGGGAAGGGCCCGCAAAAGGACAUGUAUUUGAAGCAAAUCACUACUUUGGAAGCUGCGGGGAAGUUGGAAAAAGUCACCAUACGUACGGCAUGGUUGACUGUACCAGACUAUGCGCAAUUAUUGGCAUCGGCCUCUCUGGGUAUCAGCCUGCAUACCAGCAGCAGCGGAGUGGACCUCCCGAUGAAAGUUGUUGAUAUGUUUGGUACGGGUCUACCAGUCAUAGGCUGGGAUCGGUUUGAGGCAUGGCCUGAGCUGGUGACGGAGGGUGUCAACGGGAUGGGCUUUGGAAGUUCAGACGAGCUAACAGAUCGGUUGGUCGAGCUCUUUGGUGACAAUCGGAAACUGGAUCAUCUCCGUGCGGGGGCUCAAACCGAAAGCGCCCGACGGUGGGAUGAUGAAUGGGAUCCCAUUGCAGGAGCUUUGCUUGGCUUGACGUAG